CGAUUGCUCAAUAUGAAGGCCACUACCGUUACCGUAUGUGGGUACUUCAAUAACACUGGCAUUCAAACACGAGCUUCGUUCUGAUUAUGGUUGGCUAUGACCCAAAGAGGGAUGUAGAGCUAUCCAAAACAGAACAAGGAGCUGCAGGUGCCCUAAGUGGCAUCUUGACAAGGACAUUGAUACAGCCUUUGGAUGUCCUCAAGAUCAGGUUUCAGCUUCAAAUUGAGCCAAUCAGAAGAGGAUCUCUGCAGUCCAAAUACCAAAGCAUUCUCCAAGCAACUAGAAAGAUCGUGACUGAAGAAGGAGUCAGGGCUUUAUGGAAAGGUCAUAUGCCGGCUCAGGUUCUGUCUGUAACAUAUGGAGGAGUACAGUUUGUGUCCUUUGAGUUUUUCACUAAAGAAGUGUGGAAUGAACUGCCAUCAACACUGACCACUGACUACCGCCCAAUUACUCACUUCAUGUGUGGAGGCCUUGCUGGUUGUAUCUCUACCUUGUUCUGUCAGCCAGCAGAUGUUGUAAGGACACGUUUGAUAGGACAGGGAGAACCAAAG